AUCAAGGCGCUGAUUCACACGUUCGUUGCCAUAUCCUCACGUCUAUUCGAGCAUUAUUCACCUACUUAUUUCAUCUACAGGUGUUUUCUAAUUAUAUACUCUCCAACGUGUAUAACUCUGGUAAAAUAAAAAAUGUGUUCCAAAAAGUUAUUGUGUUAUAUUGCUAUUGGCCUGCUAAUCAUGGGAGUUUUCAUGGAUGGAGUUGAAGCGAGACGUAAAAUUUUGAAAGGUCGAAAAACAAUUACUAGACGUUAUUACUGGGGUACCGCAAUACCAGCAUGGUCCAUAGUAGUUUUGAUAGGAAUUAGUAUGCUACUUGCUGGCGGUGGACUCUAUGCUUUAUUACAAAAAUUUGUAGUUGAUAAUGCUGAUACUGGAGAAAGUCAUGCAUCGUAUCAACCUGCAUUGCAAACUGAAGCUAGUUUAGAUAUCAAAACUUCAGUUUAAAUCAGAAUUUAUUAUAAAUAUAAAUCACAUUCAUCAAAUACUUUUAUAAAGAAAAUUUUAUAUGAACGCACAUAUAGUGUGACAAUUUAUUAUUUAUUUUUAUAUAAUUCUGCCUUUAACAAUGGUUUAUUACUUUAACCAUACUACUGAUUAACGAAAAAAUGAUGUCCCUAUUUGUACAAUGAUUACCUUCAUACCAUUUUUUUUUCUUAUUAGCAAUUUUAUAAAUUAUAAUUUAUUUAUAUAUGGUUAUGUUAUCGAAAUUACAACAGUUAUCAUUUAAUGCACAGUAUAAUUGAAAAUCAAUUGCAUGUUAUUUUGUACAUUUUAAUAGAAGAGAAUUGAUAAUUUUUGGAUUUGUUGACAAGAUUAUUCAUAUUCGAUUAUUAUACAGUGGAGUCAAUUAUUAAUCGGUAAGAAAAAAAAAAUCUAUAUUUUAAAAUUCUCUGCGAUGAUACUUAUCAGGAUCAAAAUAUGAUGUUACAACAACCCGAUUAUUAAAUUUCCGUCCUGUAAGAGUCUGCUGCGCUUUUUGACAAUCAAUCACACUAUUAAAUUCGACAAAUACCUGGAAUAUUAAAAAAUUUAUUAAUAUAUUUUUAGUUAAUUAAAAUAAA